AUGAACGGCCACGUCGAACCAUAUUUCAAAGUCAUCAUCAUCGGCGCCGGUGUUGGUGGCUUGACUCUGGCUCACAGUCUCCACAAGGCUGACAUAGACUAUGUGAUCCUUGACAAACACCCCGUGGCACCAGAAUGGGGUGCAAGCAUCACCAUUCAUACCCAAAGUGCACGAAUCUUGGACCAACUUGGUUUACUCCCAGCUGUUGAAGCUCAGUGCACUGAGAUGCGCAAAUUCUGGCACAGAGACCAAGAUGGAAAAUGCUACCUUGCCCAAGACUUUAUUCAUUUUGUGAAUCGAAGGACUGGAUAUAUAGCUCUCACAAUGGAGAGGAGAGCAUAUCUGAAGACCUUGUACGAACAGCUGCCCGACAAGUCUAAAGUCAUAGAGCACGCUCGUGUCGUCAACAUCAUCGAAGAGAACAACAAAGUGCGAGCUGUACUCUCCGAUGGCACUGAGCACGUAGGUGAUAUCAUUGCCGGCUGCGAUGGUGUCCACAGCGGCGUUCGUGACAUCAUGUGGCAGAAGGCAGACAACCUGUCCCCAGGCCUCAUUUCAGUCGCAGAAAAGCACGCCAUCAAGACUGAGUACAGCUGCCUGAUUGGCAUCACUCCAUACAUUCCUGGUCUAGGCACACAGGACAUGACGACCGUCGCCAACGACAAAUUCUCUUUCCUCUUCCUUACGCAACCCGAUGCAAUCUACUUCAUUGUGGUCAGCAAACUGCCAAAGAUUGUCAGAUAUCCCAAUCGUCUACGCUUUUCACAGGCAGAUGCAGAUGCCAGAGCAGCUGAACUAGCAGACUGCCCCAUCAGCGACAACUUGGUCUUUGGAGACAUCUGGAAGGCCCGAUCUCGAGGCCAGAUGGUGUCUCUCGAAGAAGGUAUUUUAUCGCACUGGUCUUUUGGCCGGACCGUCCUUGUCGGCGACGCGGCCCACAAAGUGACGCCAAACGCUGCUCUUGGAGGCAACUUGGCUAUCGAAGGCGCUGUCCGCCUCGCCAACGAGCUGCACACAUUGGUCAAUCGCCAUCCAAACAAAAAGCCCACCGAUACCGAAGUGAGGAAUGCAUUUCAAGCGUAUCAAGAACUGCACAAGCCACGCGUCAAGGAGCUUUUUGACAUUAGUUGGAUGAUGACACGUAUGCAAGCCUACGAUGGAUGGCUUAUGUACUUCAUCCAACGCUGGGUUCUACCAACAACUGGCCUGGAAAUUGUAGCACUCCAGGUUGCCAAAGCAUGUCUCAGAGCGCCCAAGCUGAGCUAUAUUCCUUUCAAGGAAAGAGUGGGCAGUCUGCCUUGGGAGAAGCAUCACUGGGAGAAAGACGAUGUGUUCACACAAGAAGAGCCCCUCUCUAAGGACCCGGGUUCGAACAACAAGCUUGUAAUUCCUAUCGUCUUGAUCAGUCUUGCCGUCUAUGUCGUGUCAUUGUUGGUAUUUGGGAUCUGGCGUCAGGGUGCACCUGCAGUGGCUUAA